UCUCCACAGGUCUUUAAUGACAUAAUGGCCACCUUUUAGCUGUUCAGUGGACCUUUUUUACUUUUUAUUUUUUUGUAAAAAGUCUCUUUAGAUCUCAGUAGAUGUCAAAUGUCAUUAACGCGCAACAGCACAUCACGCAUAUACGUGUGCGCGCGCACUUGACACCUGUUAGCUCUCGUUGCGCGCGCUGAUGAUGCGUGCCAUUGUUGUGACUCGCGCUACGUGGACCACCUCAAAACUCUGACGCCAGGUCGUCAUGGAAACUGAUUUAAGCUCGGGGCUCCGAGAGAGCAGAAGGUGCGGGGUACCGCAGAGUUUCAGAACCACGGUCCGCCUGGACAGCGCUCGCGCUCCUGAGACCUGCAGCCCUCCCCAGCUCUGGAGUUCAGCCUAAUGAUCCCUAAUCGAGCAGAUCCCUGUCGGAUUAACCCUGGACACCAGCACUGACGCUUCUGCUCAUCCAGCGAUCUUGUGAACAUAAUAGAGAUGGAAGAUGACCGCCGGUUUCACAAACUGACAAAAGAACAAGUGGAUACUUUGGACCAAGUUCUUACAGAAGUCAUUCCCAUUCAUGGUAGGGGUAAUUUCCCAACCCUUGAAAUCAAGCCUAAAGACAUAAUCCAUGUGGUCAGAGAUAGACUAAUUUGGAAGAAAAUCAAGGUGAGAGAUGUCCGUCUCAAUGGCUCUACAGCCAGUCAUGUGCUGGUCAAAGAGAAUGGCACCAGCUACAAAGACUUGGAUAUCAUCUUUGGUGUGGAGCUUCCCAAACCAGAGGACUUCCAAAUUAUCAAGGAAGUGGUCUUGGGCUCUCUGCUGGACUUUCUACCUAAAGGUGUCAACAAAGAUAAGAUUACAGCUCUCACCAUGAAAGAGGCGUAUGUACAAAAAAUGGUGAAGGUGUUCACUGAGCAUGACCGCUGGAGCCUUAUCUCCCUUUCAAAUAAUAGUGGUAAGAACAUGGAACUCAAGUUUGUCAACUCUUUACGACGCCAGUUUGAAUUCAGUGUGGAUUCCUUUCAGAUCAUCCUGGACAGUAUGCUUCAAUCUUAUUUGGAUGCUGAAAGGAGGAAGAUUGUGGAAGGGCAAGAGGGCCAGGACUCUUCACUAGCUCAAAGUCAAGGAAUUCAGAUAGCCCUAAUGGAUGAACCACUCCUCAGCUCAAGUGACACAGGGAAUCACCAGGAAAUUGACAUCGACAUGUCCUGCAAAUCUGAUGAUAUUCAGACUUUGUGUGACUCUCAGUGUAAUUCUAAAAUGAGUCAGAAAGAGCCGUUUAAAUACUUAGAACAAGAACCAACUCUUGAAAUAGACAAAGAUGUUGAAACAGAGAUGGUGCAAACAACAACUUUGCCUGUAUCUAUGGAAAAAGUAUCUGAGCACUCUGUAAUGGUGCAUGUGGAGGAAAAGAAUGAACUUCAUGAAAAUAUGGCUUUGCAAAUGGAAACACUGCUUGAAGUAAAUACAAAUGAAACUGGUAUUGAACCAGGGGAGGGAAAUGAACUGGUUGGAGUAAAAACUAUGUCUGUUAAGGAAACAGAUCCAACUGUUAAAACAUAUAUUAAUGAAACAGACUCUGACAAAACAAAAUACAUGUUAGAAGUAGAGCAAGUUAAAUCCCAACCAUGGCUUGAAAUCGUGCAUACAGACUUCUCUUGUCUUUCAACAACAGGGACCUUUAGUGAGCGAUGCACAUUCCAACCUGCUCCCAUUACAUUUCUUACACAAUCAGCACUAGAAUCAUAUGCGGGAUAUCCUUUACCACCCCCUGCCAAGAAAAACAGCCAAAAUUCACAAAUGGUUGUUCUCAAGCAUUCCUCACCCAAACCUCCUCGGAAAAUGUCCAAAAAGACAACUCUUGUACCAUAUUCAACAGAAAAAUCAGUGUCAAAUAAUUCAGAUGUUAAUACUUGUCAGGUUUUGCAUCCACCUAAAGCUUACACAACAGAAUCAUUACCUAUGCAGGUUAAAAUGUCAGGUUUUACCACAAAAAGCUUUGAAUUAUCCAGUGCCUCAGAAAAUGACUCUAAAGAGUCUAAAGAACUAGCCAAUUGUACCAGAGCUUUUACUGUUGCUGCUCCAGAGAAUGGUAUGCAUUCUGAAAAGACAUUGUACAUGAGUCUAUCACCAGAGGAAAGCCUUCAAAGUCGAGUGCAAACUUCAGAACCAGAAACUGGUGAAGCUACUCAUGUCACUAUUCUAAUUCCUGCAUCCAUUCCCAGUUGUCUCCCCAAAGAUCAAAACAGGAUAAACCAGCCUUUUAAUGAAAGUGUUCAGACAGCACAGUGUCAGGCAAUGGUACCUCUUAUUAAUGUGAAUUCAGAGCCUUUACUGCAGGCAAAUAACAGUUAUGACCUCAACUCAGCCCCUCCCAAAAAGAAAGCUGCUGAGUCUUGUGCUCAAGUUGAUGAUGCCACAUCAUCAAAAUAUCUUACUGAAUCCUCAGAAUCAGUCGCUAUGGCAACAAAUUGUGCAUCUCAAAUGUUAAAUUCACUGUCUGCAGACCUUACUGUUGACUCACAAGUAGUAGGGACUAAUUCUUCAGACUCCGAACAUGUUAUAUCACUUCAAGUUCACAACUACCCCAUGUCCACUCUGCAGACUCAGGAGCUUAUUUUGCCAAGUCCACAGACUAAAGAACCUCCAGAACUAUUAUCACUUAUCUCUUUACCAGAAGUUCAAAGCCUCACAGUAUCAGUACCACAUUUGUCAAAGCCACUAGAACCUUCCAUAUCCUCAACAGCAAGUCUAGAAUCUCCUAGAAUCUCAGAACCCCUUUUAGAAUCACCAGUUAUAUCCCUGGAUGUCAUAGAACCCUCUGAAGUAUUCUUUAAAGUUACAGAACCAUCUGACUCACAGGUGUUAAAACCCUCUGCAGUAUUAGUGUCACACACAUUAGAAACAUCUAUGUCAUCAGUAAGUGAGGAGGUGGUUUUCAAGACAUUAGCUUCAGAAAUGAACGAGCCCAUACACCCUUCAAAACAGAUGCCUUGCAUUACAGUGUUGGCUGAGAGCAUGUAUGGUGACUUUGAGCAGGCUAUGGACCACCUACGCUACCGGCUAAUAGCGACACGCAACCCUGAAGAGAUCAGGGGUGGAGGCCUGCUCAAGUACAGUAAUCUGCUUGUCCGGGACUUCAAACCUGCCUGUGAAACAGAAAUUAAGACACUUGAGCGCUACAUGUGUUCACGGUUUUUUAUUGACUUCUCUGAUGUGAAUGAGCAGCAGCGCAAGAUUGAAUCAUACCUGCGCAACCACUUUAUUGGAGAGGAGAAAAGUAAAUAUGAUUACUUGAUGACCCUUCGGAGAGUGGUCAAUGAGAGCACUGUGUGCUUGAUGGGGCAUGAACGCCGUCAGACUCUCAAUAUGAUUACCAUUCUAGCACUUAAAGUCCUGGGUGAACAGAACAUCAUUCCCAAUGCCAAUAAUGUUACCUGCUACUACCAACCUGCACCGUACAUGACAGACCACAACUUCAGUACCUAUUACAUUUCAAACGGCCAGUCCCCACUGAUAUAUCACCCCUAUCCACUACACAUACACAUGCAGUCUGGAUUAGUUUAAGUCUAGGUAUGUAACAUUGAUGGUAAAUUGCACAGGGAAAUCUCUGAAUCUUGCAACCUAAAAUAAAUAUCCACCACAACAAGUGAUCUACCCCUUGAGCAUGUGUCCCAAUACUUAACUGAAGUUAAUAAAUAAAUAAAUAAAUAAACCUUAAGAACCAGCUGAGUGUUGGACAACAGUGUUUGUCAAUUAAGAUCCUGAUCUAUCAGUCAGAAUUACACAUACAAACACUGGAUUCAUUGCACUAGCAAUGUGAAGGUUAAAACAAAUGUCACGUGCAUUUCAUUUUAAAAGACAAUGACAAGAUAACUGGUUUAAGAAUAGGAAGACAGAAAAAGAUUGCAAUAAAUAGUUACUUUGAAAAAUACAUUCGGAGGAAAAAACUUUGCUAGGCCUGUUCUUGUCUUAUCAGAGGUAGCUGAAAAGUCCUGUUCUAACAAAGAAACAAAUAAAACAUAAUACACUAUCAAAUGCUUUUGAUAGAACAAAUUGGCAUGACAAAAGUUGCAAGAGAAAUAAUCAGCAUGUAGCCAAUGCUUUAUUAAAUAGUAAAGUACUUUUGUUGUCUGAAACAGUUAAACUGAUUGUUCCCGCCUUGUUAUGCUCUAAGAAUGUUCAGAAAGGUCAGUGCUCCAUCAAUUUUCUGUUUGAAUUGUUUUAUAUGUUGUGAUAUUUUGUAUACAACUACUGGGUGUGUGUAUUUCUAUUAAUAAUAUAUAAUUAUUAGUAUAUUAUGAAUGAUGAUUCCAGGGGUGUCCAGUUGUGCUCCUGGGGGCCCGCUGUCCUCCAACAACCCUGCCUGCAAGUUUCAGAUGAUCCUAAAGACUUUGAGUAGGGGGUUCAGGUGUGUUUAAUUAGGACUAGAGCUAAUCUCUGCUGGUGGCCUUCCAGGAACAGGAUCGGGAAAAAAUGAGUAAAAAUGACUAAAUUAGAGAUUUAUAGAGUAAAUUAGAGAUCUGUAGUGAUCUGAGUGAGGUGCAAAGGUUACUACCAAACUUGGAAAAAUAAGUAAACAAACAAACCAAUUACAAAAGAAGAAAGAAAUAGGGAUGAUUGCUGGUGUCUUUUGUGUAUCUGUGGUGCACAUUGUUGAUUUUACAUGGAGAGCAACAAGCAGUCUUCUUUGAUUUUUUUUUCUUAUGUACUGUAAAUGUAGCCUCAAACAAUCCAUGUGAGGACAUUAAAUGAUGUUAUUUCUUUGUAUUUAACAGAACCAUCAGUGGUGCUGAAGACUUAAAUACAUUUCCUCCCCUUUUUUACAUCUUUGUGACUAAAAUACAUAUAUUUUUCCAAGAAUUUCUGUGUAGAACUGUAUUAUAGCCUACAUGAAAGAUUGCACCAGCCACACAUACAUUAUACACAGAUAAACAGGAAUAGAAACUAUAGUCAGGACCAAAAAUGUAAAAGUGUAUAUUGUUGGACAUCAAAAUGGCAUGAAGAUAGCUUAACUGUUAUGUUUAUUUAAAUGAUAAUUUUAGCAAAAGUUAAGUGAUUUGCUUAAAUAAUCAAAAAAUUCAGAAGCAAGAGAAAAUAUACACUUGUAUGACAUGCUGACUUCACUGUUAUUGUAUAAAGAAAUGCUAUUUUUUAGGUUAUCUUGAGUGCAUAGUAAAAGUAUUAGCAAAUGUUUGACCUUGACCUUAAUACAAGUGCAAAAGUUUAAUAGAUCAUACAGAGAUCUUAUCACUAGCAUAGUUAUUACAACUAUUGGAGUUACUUUUUCCUGUGCAAACCCAUAGUUUUGUAAAGUAAUGGCUGGGUUAUAUUAUGAUUUCUUGUCUAACAUUCUUUUUUACCAUUAUGUAAUAGUCUACCUUUAAAAAAACAGCCAAAACCUGUAGUAACACUGUGGUUAGAAAUAGGUUUAGACUGAAAUUGUUUACCAAGAGGAUAUAUACCCGUCAUGAAAUACAUAUGACCAAAAUUAUUUUUGCAGGAAAACAUCAGUGCCUACAGUAAAUGAGCAGGAGAAAGCUGUAAAGAAGGUGUCAGAAAGGACAAUGCUCCUGCAAAUGCAGCAGUCAUUUUUUAUUAUUUUCAGGUGUGCAUUUCCUCCUCUUCUCAUUCUGUUUGUGUUGAUGUCAGAUGUAGUUCUGUGCUGUGUUUUAUUUAUUUAAUAAAACGAAUACAAAGAGAAUAGACCCACUUCAUUACAAAUGAGC